AUGAGCAUGAAUGCAGCACAGCUUGCUCAGAGAUUAAUACAGUGCCUAGCUGUUGAGUUUUCAAUUCAAGCCAAUCAACUUUUUGCAGCAAUGAGAGAUGGUGCAGCAGUUAAUGAAGCAGGAUUAAGACAAAUUGGCUUUUUCUUUCCCAACAUUUUUAAUGUUCCUUGUUUCUCUCACACAAUUAACAACGUUGGCAAGCACUUUGAGUUUAGUGUCCUAGAUAUAUUUUCUAGGAACUGGAAUACAAUGUUCUCAAAAAGUCCAGCUGCACGGCUAUUAUGGAAAACAAGAACAGGAACUUCAAUGCUGCGUAGUUCAGAUACCAGGUGGUGGAGCAAGUGGGAAGUUCUCAACCUAGUGAUGGAGUCUUUUGGAGAUGUGGAGCCAUUCCUCAGGGAAAUUGAUGUUUCCCCUGUAUGUAGAGAAAAUCUAUUGGAACUGUUUGAUGACCAAGACAAACUUCGUGACUUYCAAAUUGAGCUUGCUGCAAUGAUUGAUGCUGGUAGGCACUUUGUGUCAGCUACAUACUACCUUGAAGGAGAUGMUCCCUUAGUAUUUACUUGCUAUGAACGUUUGUCAUCACUAUCCAAUGCAAUAGCUAUCAAUAAUUACCCAAAUCUUGAAGCUCAAGCUAGGCAUCAUGCCAAUGGAAAUGUUCCACUGUACAACCAGUUAGUUGCUCAAGGAAAGGAUUGUAUCACUCCAGGAUUCAGAUACUAUCAAAUGAAAUUUAGUGUGCAGUUUCAUGACACAGUGCGUGCAUUCAAAGCUGCGCGAUUAUGCUGCCCUGUGCAAGUUCAACAGCUUCGCCCAACUGCAGCCUCAAUUCAAGAACUUAAGCUAUUUGGAUUUUUCACUGAUGCUGAAAUUGUUCAGCUUACCGAAGAGCUUCCACUUUAUUUGGCCAUUGUUGAUGGAGCACAAGUUGAAACAGAAGAUGGUAAGGUGCAGUGGUGGGCACAACAUCAGAUUAAUCUCCCAUGCUGGUCAGCAGCAACCAAGAAGWUCUUGUUAGUGCAGCCAAGUUCUGCAUCAGCAGAGAGAGUAUUCAGUUAUCUACAGGCUGCUUUUAAUAGGCAGCAAGAUGCAGCAUUAGAAGAAACAGUUGAAGCAUCAGUUAUGCUAAGAUACAAUGGCAACAAAAGAUAA